GCUAUCCCCGUUUAUACGUAAAAACCCAAAUCCUUCCUUCCCUAUUGAUCGGCUGUGACUUCCGAUCGAUCGGAGAAACCAAUCAAAACCCUAAGAAGAACCACAAAACAUGCAUGAUUCAAUCAAACUCACAAGAAAAGUUCAGAAAUCUGCUGACGCUGAAGCCCUAGCAGUACAACUACGCAUUGAAUUUGUUUAGCCAUGGGUAAUAAGAUCGCAAGAACGACGCAAGCUUCGGCGUCGGAGUAUUACCUCCACGACUUACCCUCGUCGUACAAUUUGGUGCUCAAGGAAGUGUUGGGAAGAGGCCGGUUCUUGAAGUCGAUACAGUGCAAGCACGACGAAGGAUUGAUUCUAGUCAAGGUCUAUUUCAAGCGUGGUGACUCCGUUGAUCUUCGGGAUCAUGAGAGAAGAUUAUCGCAGAUUCGGGAGAUAUUUGGCCGUAUUGAAAACCCUCACGUUUGGCCUUUCCAGGUUUGCUAAAUUAUAUACUUUGUGCCAUAUCAGUAAAUAACCCAAUGAAAGUAGGUAGAAAUUAAAUUAUCAAAUUUAUUUCAUUUAUUAAAAGUUGAGUGUAGAUUGUUCAUGUUGCCAUCAUCAAUGCUGCCAAGCUGAUCACUGCUUACUUUAUCAUACUCCCUCCAUUCCAAGAUGGAGACAAUACUUUGAAUCAGGGUGUGAAGAGUUUGGUUCCAUUAGUUUAUACUUGUUAUUCUAUUUUCUACUUUGUGGGUCAAUUUCCUGUAAUCGAUUACAACAAUGCAUAUGCAUCAUAUAUAUCGACCCACAGAAUGAAAUUGAUGAAUGGCAAAAGCUAAUGAGCCUUGGCUUUUCUAAUGACAAACUGAUUUUGAACUUUUAGAGGGAAAAAUGAUAAAUACAUAGAACUCUAGCAUGCAGGCAACUAAUGGUAUCGAUGUUGCAACAAAUCACUUUGGGUUUGCGUUUAAAAGCACUAGGUUGGGCUCAAAAUUAAAAAGAAAGCACCUUCUUUUAAGAACAGAGGGAAUGGUUGUUAUGUCUACAAUAGAGAAAAACAGUUCGAAAGUGUGAAUCCAUUUUCAAUAAUGGAUUCUUUUAUCACUGGGGAAUUGGUUUAGAAUUCCUAUAAUUUCAUAAUUGGAAAGUGGAUGCAUAAUUGUAGUAUGUUUUAGGUAUUUAUACAUUCCGGCUAGAUUUCCGAGGAGUUUUAAAUAAAUAAAUGCUAUGUUAUGAUGCAGAAGAUUCAUAGUGUCACAAUUGAUUUAUGGGUUGAAGAGCACUCAAUAGUAUCAUGAUUGAUAAAUUGAGGUGUGCUUAAAGUAUCAUAAGUUAUGAGAAGUUUAUUCUCUAUGAUCCAGGUGACUCCAUUAUCUGGACUAAUUUGGUGUAAUUAGAAUUCAAAAUGCUACGAUAUUGUCGCGGCCCAAAGGUGCCAGGUGACGGAAAAGACAGAUUUAGAAUGGUCAUAUUUUCAUAAUUGGUAAUUAUAAGAAUGUGUAUAGUAUCAUCAGAAAGUUGGUGUAGAAUGUCUUAUGGUAUAGUCUAGGCAACUCUAUCAUUAGGCGUAUCUCCAAAGCAAUCUGGCUUUUCUACUCAGAAUGCUAUCUUUUGCUGUGGUUCCCAAGGACAUAAAAGACUGAGGAAAUGCUUUUAUCCGUCGGAAGUUGAAGAAUGCUUAACAAUAUUAAGGUUGGACAAUUGACGUAGAAUGUUCCUUAACUCAGUUUUUGGCUCGAAACAGAUAAAGCUGCUUAUUUGUUGAGGCAGUACUUCUUCAAUAAUCUUCAUGACCGAUUGAGUACACGGCCUUUCCUCAGCCUUGUUGAGAAGAAAUGGUUGGCGUUUCAGUUGCUUUAUGCAGUACAACAGAGUCAUGCUAAUGGAGUUUGUCAUGGGGAUAUCAAAUGUGAGAAUGUGCUGGUGACUUCUUGGAACUGGCUUUACCUUGCUGACUUUGCAUCGUUUAAACCAACCUAUAUUCCGCACGACGAUCCAUCCGAUUUCUCCUUUUUCUUUGAUACUGGAGGAAGAAGACGCUGCUAUCUUGCACCGGAGAGGUUUUAUGAGCAUGGAGGUGAGAUUCAAAUUGCACAUGAUGCACCUUUAAGGCCAUCAAUGGACAUCUUUGCUGUUGGGUGUGUCAUUGCAGAACUUUUCCUUGAGGGUCAGCCCCUCUUUGAAUUAUCUCAACUACUUGCCUAUCGGAGGGGGCAAUUUGAUCCAACCCAGCAUUUGGAGAAGAUUCCAGAUUCCGGUAUACGCAAGAUGAUUCUUCAUAUGAUUCAGCUUGAUCCUGAUUUACGCUGUUCUGCUGAGAGCUACCUGCAGAGCUAUGCAGGCGUUGUGUUUCCAUGCUACUUCUCACCAUUCCUGCACAAUUUAUAUUCCAAUUUGAAUCGAAAUAAUUCUGAUUCUCGGGUUGCACUGUGCCAGCUUUCCUUCCCAGAGAUACUUAAACAGAUGUUAGGAAAUAGAGCUGGUGAGGAGACUGUGCAUGGACUACACUUUGGAACAAAUGUUACCAAUCGUCGAACAUCACAUGCAGUGGACAGACAAAAUUUGGUAUCGAUGAAAGGCCACUCACAGACGGAGAAAGAAAAGAAAAGAUUGAGUUUUGAUCAUUUUGAACUUCGGGGUGAUAUUGGUACUCUACUUAUUGAUGGUAAAGAAAAUACCCGUUAUGCUAAUGUAAAGCCAAAAAUGGAGGAUGCUAUCUCUUCUACAAAUUCUCAAAAACAGUCGGCCGUUCAAUCUCCUGGAAAACUACUUCAAACUAUCUCCAAUGUAUUUAAAAGGAAUCAUCAUCCCUUUCUGAAAGAGAUCACGAUGAGUGAUUUGAACUCGUUGCUAUCUGACUAUGACAAUCAGUCAGAUACGUUCGGAAUGCCGUUCCUACCAUUACCCCAGGAUAGCAUGAGCUGUGAAGGGAUGGUUUUGAUUGCCUCACUUCUCUGUUCUUGUAUACGCAACGUCAAAAUGCCACAACUAAGGAGGAGUGCGGUGCUUCUCUUGAGAUCUUGUUCAUUAUAUAUAGACGAUGAAGAUCGGUUGCAGCGUGUCCUUCCAUACGUAAUCGCUAUGCUUUCUGAUUCAGCUGCGAUUGUUCGUUCAGCUGCCUUGGAGACUUUAUGUGACAUUCUGCCUUUGGUCCGAGAUUUUCCUCCCAGUGAUGCUAAAAUCUUCCCAGAGUAUAUUCUUCCAAUGCUUUCCAUGCUUCCUGAUGAUCCGGAAGAAAGUGUGCGGAUCUGUUAUGCGGGCAACAUAUCGAAGCUUGCACUAACUGCUUACGGAUUUUUGAUCCACUCAAUAAGCUUAACAGAGGCAGGAGUUCUGAAUGAUUUAAGUUCCACUCAGAAGUCAGGAGCAUCAUCCCAUGAAAUACCCGGACGCUUGCAGAGUCAGAAAAACGAUGCACAGCUUGCGCAGUUGAGGAAAUCCAUUGCUGAGGUUAUACAAGAACUUGUAAUGGGUCCGAAGCAAACUCCAAACAUCAGGAGAGCUCUCUUGCAGGAUGUCGGCAAUCUUUGUUGGUUUUUUGGUCAGAGGCAAAGCAAUGACUUUUUGUUGCCCAUCCUCCCGGCAUUUCUUAAUGACCGGGAUGAGCUUCUAAGAUCGGUGUUCUUUGGGCAGAUAAUUUACGUUUGCUUCUUUGUUGGCCAUCAAAGUGUAGAGGAAUAUCUUCUACCUUAUCUUGAACAGGCAUUAGGAGAUUCAACAGAGGCUGUUAUAGUCAAUGCAUUGGAUUGCUUAGCCAUUCUGUGCAGAAGUGGUUUUCUUCGCAAGAGAAUACUUCUUGAGAUGAUCGAGCAUUCCUUCCCGUUGUUAUGUUAUCCAAGCCAGUGGGUAAGGAGGUCAGUGGUAACCUUCAUUACAGCAAGUAGUGAGAGCUUAGGUGCUGUAGAUUCCCAUGUUUUCCUCGUUCCACUUAUUCGCCCUUUUCUUCGUCGAAUGCCAGCUUCUUUAGCGUCUGAACGAGCUCUUUUUUCAUGUCUAAAACCCCCCGUGCGCAGACAGACGUUUUACCAAAUCUUGGAAAAGAGCAAGAGUUCGGAUAUGUUAGAAAGGCAAAGGAAGAUAUGGUACAACUCAUCUGCACAAUCUAAGCAACCGGAAAAUGUAGACAUGUACCAGAAAGGAGUUGGAGAGUUGGAUCCAAUGAAGAUGUGGUCUGAUAGGCAACAUGAUCUUCUUGGUCAUCCACCUGUAAGUAGCAUUCAGCCAUUUGGGCUUAUUGAAAAUGACACCGAGGCUAAGUUGAGAUCAGCGAGUAGUUUCGCUCGUAAUGCUUCUGGUACAGUUGACAUCCACGAUCCCCUGUUUUCAGAUAAAAUGAAGUUCUCUGGCUUUAUGUCCCCUCAACUAAGCGUUGUCAACAGUUUGAUUGGUGAUAAAUCAUCAGAAGGCAUACCAUUGUACUAUUUUAAAUACGAUAAACGAGCAACUGGAAAUGCUUCAACUGCAUCUAACUCUUCAUUACCCAUAGAUCCUUUAGGUUCUGCUUCAUUAUCCAUGCCGUGGAUGGAUCCAGUUAACAAGUCAUUUACGUUGUCUAGUUCAGUUCCUUCACCUGGGCUUGUUUCUAGCUCAAUUAGCAUCGGUAAUAGUUCUCCACAACUUCACCGAGUGGUUCACGAGUUGGAAGACAGGGAAUCGGAUAAAACAGCCUAUCUCAGCAACAAGUUUAAUGACAUGGGAGUUUCUAAUUCUUCAAAAGGAAGUUCUAUUGGAGGGGCUGAUAGCUCCCCUCCUACCGAGGUAGCAGGAUUGCCAUCUUUUUCUCGAACACCAACAACUCCAGAUUCAGGUUGGAGGCCUCGUGGUGUUUUAGUUGCACACCUCCAGGAACACCGUUCUGCCGUCAAUGACAUUGCCAUUUCAACAGACCAAAGCUUUUUCGUUACUGCAUCUGACGAUUCUACUGUUAAGGUGUGGGAUUCAAGAAAGUUGGAGAAAGAUAUUACUUUUAGAUCGAGGCUAACUUAUUCUCUAGAGGGUAGCCGAGCACUAUGUACUACAAUGCUCCAUGGCUCUGCCCAUGUAGUUGCCGGAGCUUCCGAUGGCACGAUCCAUACGUUCUCGGUUGAUUAUGUCUCCAGAGGACUCGGCAAUGUUGUAGAAAAGUAUUCUGGAAUUGCUGACGUUAAAAAGAGUAACAUCGGAGAAGGUGCAAUUCUCACCCUCUUAAACUACUCUAAAGAUGGCGAUGAUGGUAAAAUGAUUCUGUAUAGCACCCAAAAUUGCGGGAUCCAUCUCUCAGAUAUGAGAGAAAAUUCCAACUCAUGGAAUACAAAAGUAAUUCCUGAAGAGGGUUAUAUAUCUGCUCUUGUGGCAAGUCCUUGUGGAAAUUGGUUUGUUUCUGGGUCUUCUAGGGGCGUGCUUACUUUAUGGGAUCUGAGAUUUGGUAUACCCGUCUACUCAUGGCAAUAUUCGGGUGCAUGCCCUAUAGAGAAAAUGUGUCUUUUUGUUCCUCCUCAAAGUACAUCAUUAUCUAUAACAGUGAGGCCGCUUGUAUAUGCUGCAGCAGGUUGUAAUGAAGUUUCUCUUUGGAAUGCAGAAAAUGGGAGUUGUCACCAGGUACUGAGGCUGGCAAACAGUGACAGUGAUGCUGAGAUUUCCGAGCUUCCUCGGGCUUUGGCUAGACCACCUAGCAAAACAAAUUCUAAAGGAGAUGCACGCAGGAGUGCAAAUUUCAAGUACAGAGUAGAUGAGCUGAAUGAACCUCCUCCUCGGUCGCCUGGAAUACGCUCAUUGCUCCCACUACCCGGAGGCGAUUUGCUAACAGGCGGAAGUGACCUUAAAAUACGACGAUGGGAUCACUACAGCCCAGAGAAAAGUUAUUGCAUUUGUGGUCCAUCCAUGAAGGGAGUUGGAAAUGAUGAUCUUUAUGAAACAAAAUCUAGCUUCGGGGUGCAAAUCGUGCAGGAGACAAGAAGACGGCCUUUGGCAACUAGGUUGACUGGAAAGGCGGUUCUUGCAGCUGCUGCCACCGAUUCUGGUGGUUGCCACCGUGACUCCAUUCUCUCUUUGGCUUCUGUCAAAUUGAACCAGAGACUAUUGAUCUCAAGCAGUAGAGAUGGCACCCUCAAGGUUUGGAAGUAGAUCACCUGAUGAAAAAAGCUUAGUUGUAUAUAUUUAGCGAUAGUAAUGCCUUAAAACCGUACAUUUUAUUUGGUCAACAAUAAGAUUACACGCCCUGUUUUUAGCCACGAUAAUAGCUUGCAACACAUAUGAUGACUCCCCUGCUUUAUUCGUAUAAUGUGUAAUUAGUUUGGUAUAUAAAGAAAUUAUGUCCCUCUUCACUGGUUUUCAUGUUUAAUAGAAUUUGAGCAAUGUCUGGUCAUAAUCAUUUCUUUAUGCACAUGUGCAUACCGGAGACAUGAUGGUUAUUAGGAUGCUCCUCAGUUUUCCAUUUUUUGUAAUUUUCCGCUGAACCUGAGUCUAUGUAUAUGUAUCUAAGAUGGCAUCAUUUUUAUCAA